AUGUCGACCCCUACGUCCACCAUAAAGCUCUCGGACGCCGGCCGUCGCGAUGACGGCCCAGCACCCCAUCCUCUGCCUCCGGCGUCCGCCUCCGAGCCUGGUCUGCCAAUCCCCGUGAGCCGUGAACCCUCUGUUACGCCUCAGAAGUCGCCAGCCGCUUCAGAUUCCCAGACCCAAGGCAGCAGCUUUCCGACCUUCGCCAAGAAGACGCCUACGAAGCUGAGCCGGAGUACGACUCCGAAUGCGAAGGAGCUCAAGCCCGUCAAGCCUGCCCCCGCCGCUGUCCAUUCUCCAGCUGCCAUUGACCCGUUAUCCCAACACAUAUUGAUGCGAACCAACACCGAUCACACUGUUCCUCCACAACUCCGGCGACCUCCAGACAGUCCUCUUCCCGACCCUGAGCAGCCAACGAAGCUUGCCGUACACGCAUUCGAUGCUCCAAAGAACAAGAAAGUAGGGGGUUCAUUCCUGAGUCGAUUGAGCAUGCGCGGCGGCCGGAGACGUGACGACGAUGAGGAAUCUGUUUUUAGCGAUCAGCGCACUGAAGGCAAUAAUGCGCAUGUCUUUUCCUCUGUCAUCGGUUCCGGCUACAUCCCCCAUCACAAGGAGCCCCCGCGGUACAUCCGCAUCAAGGCGCACAACAAGAAGAACCGCGAGUUCAAUCGCAUGUUCCUUGCCCAAGAGCUGACAAUCCCGCAACCCGAAGCAAACGACGAAAAAGGCGCGACGGUGACGACGUCGAACGGUAGCCGGCGUUCGGACAAUGGCGGCGCAAUCUGGGCAACCGAAUUUAGCCCAGACGGCAAGUACUUCGCUGCUGCCGGAAAGGAUCAAGUGGUACGGGUUUGGGCAGUGAUCUCGACUCAUGAAGAGAGACGGCGGCAUGAAGACGAAGAAAGUGCCAACGACGCCAAUGGGGAGAGGCUUAGUGCGCCUGUGUUUCGGAGCAAACCGGUGCAUGAGUUCCGGGGUCACACGGGAGAGGUACUCGACCUUAGUUGGAGCAAGAACAACUUUCUGCUAUCGUCAUCGAUGGACAAGACUAUUCGAUUAUGGCACAUCAGCAGAAAGGAGUGUCUCUUCGCCGCGAAAAGCAAUGAUUUCACCACAUCAAUUUGCUUCCAUCCCACGGACGAUCGGUUCUUCUUGGCGGGAUCCCUUGACUCAACGCUCCGACUUUGGAGCAUUCCAGACAAGGCCGUGGCCUACUCGGCGCAUGUGUCAGACUUGAUUACGGCAGUGGCGUUUUCGCCCGAUGGCAAGACGGCCAUUGCAGGAGUUUACUCGGGCAUGUGUAUGUUUUACGAUACCGACGGCCUCAAGAACGUGUCCCAACUCCAUGUCCGGUCUUCCAGGGGCAAAAACGCCAAAGGCAGCAAGAUCACUGGAAUCAAGACCAUGGUUAUCGAUGAGGAGGUCAAGGUGCUGAUUACUUCCAACGACUCGAGAGUUCGUCUGUACAACCUCCGCGAUAAGAGUUUGGACGCCAAGUUCAAGGGUCUGGAGAACACCUGCAGUCAGAUUCAUGCGGACUUCAGUGAUAACGGACAAUGGAUCGUGUCGGGAAGCGAAGACAAGAAGACGUACAUCUGGUCGGUGCGCUCGGCAGACUCGGAGAAGGAUAAGCCUUGCGAAUACUUUGACGCACACUCUGACCGGGUAUCGACGGCCAUCUUCGCGCCGACUAAGUCCCGCCAACUUCUCGGCGGCUCGGGAGACCCUCUGUACGAUCUAUGCAACCCACCGCCCGUGACGCUUAUGAGCCUCGAAGAGUCCAUCGCCAGCCAGGGAGGCCAAUCUGAUGACGACACCAAAACACAGGUGAAGAAGCCCGAGGAAUCCCCUCAGUACAUUGAGAAGUCAAAGCAUUUUGACGGACAGAUUCUGGUCACGACUGACCAAUCUGGCGUCAUCAAAGUGUUCCGUCAAGACUGCGCGUUCAUCAAGCGCAGACAUGAGAGCCGGCUAACGGGGAGUAUGGUGGGUCGGAGCGGAAGCGUCGCAACUCGCACCAGCGUUGGCAGCCAUAAUCGUUCACGCCGAAGCUCCAUCACGCGAGCCGCGGCUCCGGGUGCCUCUCAGCUUAGCUCUGACAUUAUUUCUUGGCGGCAAGGGAUUGAGCAUGGACGUCCCAGCUCGAUGGUUCUCACGCCAUCUCAGAGCGAGAGGUCUCUGUCGCCCAACAAAGCGGCCCGAACCCCAAUCAACACGAGUGCAGCCAACCUUGCGUCAGAAGCGCGGAAGCAACCGUAUGCCGGCUCACCGCAAGCGCGGCCGCAGCUGCCCGCGAGUCCGACGUCAAGCCGGGCAUCCCGGGAGAGGGGUCCGUCGAUCCCGCCGACGCCGAGCUUCUCGUUCCGGUCGGCGGACGAAGACGAUGCUGAAAGCGAUGAGCUUCGGCUGGAUCCUGCAGGCGCGAGCUAUUCGUUCUGGAACCUGAACCGAUGGCGUGGCAUCUCGUCGCUGCGCUCAUCUGUAUCGUUCAGCAACGUGAGCGCUGCGCAGUCACAAGGACAAGGCCGGCACAGCAUGAGCACGGCGGACACUACACCGACGACGGCCAGCAACGUCACGAAGGCGUCUCGGCGCAAGAGCAUCGGCCCGGGCAUCUUCGACAAGACAGUCGAGGAGGAACAAAAUGGCACGAGUAUAGAGAAAGACAUUACAGAGAAGGUCGAGACCGAUCCCCAGCUGCUGCGACCUGGCGACAGCGGCCCCAACGGCCGUAUGAACUCCAUAGUUAGCCGCCUUAGCUCGGAGUACACCAGCGACGAAGGCGAUCAGAUGAAUUGCCAAAAGUGCGGCAGUCGAGAGUUCAAGGCCAAGAGGGUCGGCGGGCGACAACGGCUCAUUUGCGUUGGGUGCGGCAAGCUCGUCGAGGACGGUAAAUGA